AUGGGCGACAAUUUUAACAGCCACGUCUUUGACGGCAAAUCGUUUUGGUCCGAUGGCAAGAUCUGGCAGGUCUGUGACAUCACCGACCCAGUCAUUGCACGGAUCGUAAACGAGUCGCCCGUGCGACCCGAGUGUAGCAUCUUAACGAGCGGGUGGUUCCACGGAGCCACGUGGGCGAAACUUAAAGCUGUUAUGAAGACAAAGAUGAUGGCAGUUCAAUUUGGGCGCAAGUUCCCUGAUGAGGCGUUCGAUGCAGUGUUUGAGGUGCGGGACACCACGCCCCCGCCUAACUCGUCAGCCGUGCGGAUCCCUGUCCCUGAUCUGAAGCUCACAGACGACGAAAUGCGUGAGAUUUACGGUCGAAACUGGAAGCAACCCAAGAAGAAGAAGACCCACGGUUUUGACUACCGCGUGCCUGGGCAGAACAAGCGCGGGCCGCGGCUCAAAAGCGUGGCAGAAGUCGAUGGCGAAGACGACGAGCCGUUCGAAGGAGGCAGCGGGCCGAAUAGAUACCAUUCCGCACAUGAGACGGCCCGCGCCCUAGCAGGCAGAGACGAGCAGACGUCAGAUCACGGCCGAGAUGAUCAUGUCAAAAUCGAUCCGAACCUGAGUGGCAUUUUGCAGGAGGACGGAGAACCAGACGAAGAUGAGGAAGAGGAAAGCAUCCUGGCGCAAUUGACAGGGUCGGCUGGCCAGAAUGAUGCGAGCAGAUCGCCGUAUGCCGACCGUAGCUUCUACGUUCCCAUGGAAAGGCGAGGCCGAAGAGACGGGUAA